CCAAUUGACAGAUGAAGGCAUCUGACAAAUAGUAAGGAUGUCAGAAUAUAAUGGUUCGAAGGGAUCCAGUAGAAGAAACAGUCAACGUUCCAAAGUAACAAAAACUCCCUCUAAACAAUCCACAAGUUCAAAAUCGGCAGAAGAAGAAAUAACAGAUGAGUCAGAAGUGAAAUAUUCAUUUUUGAGCAAAUAUCCAGAAGUCAAACCUACCUUAUCGGAAUACAAGAAGCAAACUUUAGCGGAAAAGCCACUUUUCCCAACAGUAGUCACACUCGAUAGUAAUGAUGAGUUAUUGGAAAAAAAUGUCGAUAGUUCUUUUCUCGUUACGGGAUUUGGUAUCAGAAAUCUGAGCUCUCUGCAAGAUGCUCUUCAGGAGAAUGAAAGAAAAAGAUUGAUAGAGUUAUACAGACAACAACAGAAGCAAUUGGACGAAGAGAGGCUACUUGCCGAAGCCCAACGACAGUCUUCGCUGUCAUACACUUCUCGGUCUUCUUCCGAAAAAUCUCAGGAAGCCACCAAACGAUCUACAGAGACCGCGAGUACGCUCACCACAAAUGUCUCAGAACAAAGGAUGCAUCUCGAGUAUUUGAUGGGCCUGCAAACUUUUGAAGAAGAAGAAGAAACGUUAGACGCGAAAGUCGAGGAAAAACCAGAUAAGGAUGAUUUCGUGUAUAGUAAAUCGGCCCCUAUGAGAAACGCCCAGAAGUAUUUACGUGUUCACAGAAUAUUUGAUUUUUUUCAGUUCAUCAUAGCUCAUCUACUGGCGAAAUGUCCUGAAAACCCAAUAGACUUCAUACUGGAGUUGUUGAAUAAAUGUCUGUUGUAUAGAUCUGGCAUGGGGGAACCCCCGUUGCUGUAUGACAAAAAGCAUAUCUCACAACUGUUCUGCCUGAUGGAUAGAAUGGGAACUGGCUUCGUUGAUUUGGAGCAGUACAAGAAGGGUAUGGCAACACUGGGAAUUUGUGAGUACAAUAAAUAUCCUAUUUCGACUGAGGAUGGAAUGGUAAACAAGGAUACGUUUACUGAAGAAGUUUACGAAGCUGAACUGGCUUUAUUCCAGGAUCUCAUUGGGAGAAAGUGGACAGAGACAAAGAUCAAAAAAUCAUCUGAAGUGGUAUAUCAGGACGAUGUAUACAGAGAUGACAGCGUUCCAUAUUUCUUACCACCUGAACUCUUCAAAAGUUAUAAGAAGGAGAAAGAGAAGCUUAACGAAAUUAAAGAAGAAGAUGAAGAAUAUUAUGGGGAGUGAAACUGCAUUAAUUUCCAUAAAUUAUUGGACGAAUAGUGAAAUGAAAUUUGGUUUUUUACAAAAUGUUAGUUGUAUCAGCGCUUAUGAAAACAUUCAUCGUUGCAUUACCGUUAGUACUGCUGGAUAGUUUUCGAAGAAAAUAAUUUUAACUGUAACUUCUGCUGUUAAUCUCCGUCAAAAAAUAAAGAAAAAAUCGACAACCUUUUU